CAUUCAUAUCUCUCACACCCUUCCCUCUCUUCUCACAGUUUCUCUCCUCUCGAAGAAGACAACAAACAAUGGCAAACCCUUCUCUCUGUCUCCUCUUCCUCUUCUCUCUGCUAACCCCAGCUCUCAUUUCCUCUUCCCCAGUUCAGGACCCGGAACUUGUAGUACAAGAAGUGCAUAGGGCCAUCAAUGCUUCUAGGAGGAAGUUGGGCUAUCUCUCUUGCGGAACUGGCAACCCCAUUGAUGAUUGCUGGAGGUGUGAUCCCAAUUGGGAGAAGAACCGUCAGAGGCUUGCGGAUUGUGCAAUUGGGUUUGGGAAGAAUGCCAUUGGUGGAAGAGAUGGUAAGAUUUAUGUGGUCACUGACUCUGGCAAUGAUGAUCCUGUGAACCCUAAGCCAGGGACUCUCAGGCAUGCUGUGAUCCAGGAUGAGCCAUUGUGGAUCAUUUUCGCUCGAGACAUGACAAUUCAACUCAAGGAAGAAUUGAUCAUGAACUCGUUCAAGACGAUUGAUGGUAGAGGUGCUAGUGUCCAUAUUGCUGGCGGUCCGUGCAUCACCAUACAGUAUGUGACCAACAUUAUUAUACAUGGACUACACAUACACGAUUGCAAGCAAGGAGGGAAUGCUAUGGUGAGAGACUCCCCACAGCACUUCGGCUGGAGGACUAUAUCCGAUGGUGACGGUGUGUCCAUCUUCGGUGGUACUCACGUAUGGGUGGACCAUAAUUCGUUGUCAAAUUGUAACGAUGGACUUGUCGAUGCCAUUCAUGGGUCCUCCGCCAUCACCAUUUCGAACAAUUACAUGACCCACCAUGAUAAAGUCAUGCUUCUGGGGCACAGCGAUUCCUACACUCAAGACAAGAACAUGCAAGUCACCAUAGCCUUUAAUCACUUUGGAGAAGGGCUUGUCCAGAGAAUGCCAAGAUGCAGACACGGGUAUUUCCAUGUGGUCAACAAUGACUACACCCAUUGGGAAAUGUACGCCAUUGGAGGGAGUGCUAACCCGACCAUCAACAGCCAAGGCAAUAGAUUUGUGGCGCCCGACAUCAGGUUCAGUAAAGAGGUAACAAAACAUGAAGAUGCACCAGAGAGUGAAUGGAAGCACUGGAAUUGGAGGUCCGAAGGAGACCUUCUAGUGAAUGGUGCGUUUUUCACAGCAUCUGGUGCAGGUGCUUCUUCAAGUUAUGCCAGGGCAUCAAGCUUGGGUGCAAGACCAUCUUCGCUUGUCGGUACAAUAACAGGUGGAGCGGGUGCACUUGGUUGCAGGAAAGGGGCUCGUUGCUAGCUGAUUUUGAAAUAUUGAAGAAACAAUAUUUGCUACAAGUGAUUUGGGCUAUAAUUAAUUAAUUAGCUAGUUAGAAAAGUAAUUAAGCAGAAGGGAAAUCAAAAAUGAGGAAGGUGAAGAGAAGUCUUAAGUAUUAGUUUCCAUGGCUUUAUCUUCCCUCCAAUUUCUAGUUCUUUUUGCCCAUUGUUAUGCGUUUUUUUCUUCUUUUUUUCCCUUUUAAAAUCCUUUACCUCCCUUUGUACUCAACUUUGAUGAUUACAACCUCGCCUGUUAAUCUUUGAACCAUUAGGAAUUCUCUCUGAGAAUCUUGAUGGGCUUAGAGAAAACAAGUGCAGAAGUGUUGAUCUAUAGUAUAAUCAAUUAUCUUUUCAUGUUAAA